AUGUCUGCUGUCAAUGACACCAAAUUCAAUUCUGCAGUGUUCCUCCUCACCGGGAUACCUGGGCUGGAAGACGUCCAUCUCUGGAUCUCUGUCCCCUUCUGUUUAAUGUAUGUUAUUUCUAUAGUAGGAAAUGCACUCAUUCUGUUCAUUAUAAAAACAGAUCCAAGCCUCCAUGAGCCCAUGUACAUUUUCCUUUCCAUGUUGGCCAUGACAGACCUUGCCUUAUCAAUAGCCACCAUGCCGACGACACUGGACAUAUUCUUGUUUAACUCUAGGGAGAUCAGCCUUGAUGCCUGUUUUUCCCAGCUGUUCUUUAUCCACUCGCUUACAAAAAUUGAAUCCUCCGUGCUCUUGUUGAUGGCCUUUGACCGCUUCAUCGCGAUCCGUGACCCGCUGAGAUAUGCUUCCAUCUUAACCAUGCCAAGAAUAGGCAAGAUGGGACUGGUGUGUGCGCUAAGAGGGGUGGCUGUAAUACUCCCACUCCCCUUUCUCCUGAAACAGUUCCGAUACUGUCGAUCCAAUGUCCUCUCCCAUUCCUACUGCCUGCACCAGGAUGUCAUGAAGAUGGCUUGUUCGGACAUCAGAGUCAACUACAUCUACGGCUUGUUUCUUACAUUCUUCACGGUGGGGUUGGACUCGCUGCUCAUCUUUCUCUCUUAUGUGAUGAUCCUCAAAACAGUGCUGAGCAUCACGUCCCACGCGGAGUGCUUCAGGGCCCUGAACACCUGCGUUUCCCACCUCUGCGCUGUCCUGCUCUUCUACACACCAGAGAUCGGCCUUCCUGUGAUACACAGAUUUGGGAAUAGUUCUUCUCACUUGCUUCAGAGUCUUCUGAGCUACAUAGCCCUGCUGGUCCCUCCCCUGAUGAAUCCAAUUGUGUACAGCGUGAAAACCAAACAUCUUCGUGUGAGGAUAAUCAGGGCAUUCGUCAAGUGA